UACAGAGCAGGUAUUCAUUUAAAAUCGAUGGGUUAUACAAUUUUAUAUGAUAUAAUAUGAAUAUUUAUUAAAAUAUAAAUAUGAAUAACAUAAAACAAUUAAAAGAUCAGGAAAGAAGCAAUCAUCCGGGGUUUGAUUCAUAUAUAAAUUGCAUGACUCGUUCUCUAUUCACAGGCCUUGCAUCUUUCUGCUUAAGUUUUUCAUGCUGCUAUUUUGCACAGAAAGUUUUAGAAGCAAAGUCGCGUUUCCCAGGCCGUUAUAACAUUUUAGUAUCGACAGUUAUUGCAUCUUGCACAGCAUAUCAAGUAACUUCACAACGAACGAAAGCAUGCCAAGCCGGUUGGAUGGCAGCUGAAGGAAAACACACAGCUUUAAAAGAUUAUUAGUAUUUGAAUAAAUAAUUCAAAAUGUAUAAGCCAAUAAUGCUGUAUUUAAGAAAUUCGACGGUAAGAACAAUCAGUGAUUUGUAUACUAAAAGGACAUGCCAAAAAUAUAUUCAAGUGAUUAAUGUAGAACAAAAACGUUAUAAGUACACACAGUAUAAAGGAGUUAAAGGAAUCCGAAGUAAAAAAAGUAUAUA